AUGGCUUCAUAUACGUUUGAACUUUUUGCAUCAUACAAUAAAAAAGCUGGUCUUCGAUUGAAAAAUGCUAAUGCACGAAUGUUUGGUCUUGAUAUUUCUAUGGAAUUCAAUGAAGAAGAUGGACAUUGGCGUGUAACAAUGGAUUUGCCUGAUGGUAUUUAUCAUUAUCAAUAUAAAGUAGUAACGAAAUCUUGGUUUGAACCAGAACCAGAAUCAGCUUUACCUGAAUAUAAUAAUGAUGAAACUAAAACAUCAGAAGAAAAUGAACAAAUUCAAACAGAUCUUCGAAAUGAACAUGAUAAAUUAGUUGAAGAAGUAAAAGAACGAAAUAAAAAACGAGAAGAAGAAAUAACUUUUACAGAAGUUUGGUAUACAUUUGUUGAUCCAUAUGCAACUGAAGUUGAUGAAUGUGGUUCAGAUGAUUCUUUUCGAUCAGUUGGUGUACUCAUUUUUAAAAAUGGAAGGAAAAUAGUUGAUGAAUAUGAAUGGAAAUAUGAUAAUCAUGUUCCAUUAGUUCCAAACGAAAAAUUAAUUAUCUAUGAACUUCAUGUUGGUGAUUUUGAAGAUAAAUUUACGAAUAUAACAGCUAAAAUGGAUUAUUUUGUUCAAUUAAGUAUUACAGCUGAUAAGCGUAAUAAAAAGACUCAAGCUCUUGUUCUUGAUACACCGAACUGGGGAGAACUUAAAAAUGUUGUUGAUGCUAGUCGACGAGGUUAUAAAACUAUAACUGAUGUUGUUAAUUAUCAAUCGAAUCAUGAUCGUGAUUGUUUACUUGUUGAUCUUGGCAAAGAAAAUCAAAUAUGUGAUGAAGAGGCAUUUCGUCGUGUGCGUAUGGCUCUUGCAAUUCAAGCAACAUCAUUUGGUCUUAUGAUGAUUUGGAUGGAUCAAGAUGAUAAUUCAAAUGCUAUUAAUAAAGAACAAUUACAAUUUUAUAAAGAUGUUAUUCAUAUACGAAAAUCAAAUUCAGCUUUAAGAAGUCCAAAUUUAGAACCAAUAUUCGAACAAAUAGAUGAUCAAAUAAUGGCAUGGCAUAGAUGGAAUACAGUUAUUGAUGAUAAUCAAAAACAAAAAACUCACAUUGUUACUGUAUAUAAUUGGUCAUCAUCGAAAACCUAUGAAUCUUAUAAAGUAUUAAACAUGCCACGUAAUGGACGAUGA